AUGAAGGCUUUGUUUCGAAUCGAGGGCAUGACAUGUGGGGCUUGCCUGGCCACCAUAACGGAGGCGUUAUCCGCCACUGCCGGGGUGGUCACCAAUAACGUCCUGUUAAUCACUGAGGAAGCUCUGAUAGAGUACGACCCUUUUUUGGUCACUACCGAUAAGCUCAUUGAGGUGAUUGAAGAUUGCGGUUUCGAUGCUACCUUGAUCAAAUCCAGUGAGGGUCCAUCCCCAUCAUCCUCAGUAUCAACCGUUUUACAGGUGCGAGGAAUGACCUGUGGAGCAUGUCUGGCUACCAUCAAGGAACUGUUGGAGCUGAUAGAAGGGGUUGAAACUGCCCUGGUAUCCCUUAUCACUGAACAAGCAGCAGUUGUACACUCGCAGAACAUCCAACCUGCUCAGCUUGCUGAAGCCAUUGAGGACUGUGGUUUUGAAGCAACUAUAGAAUCGCUGACCAAGCAAAAACAACAGGAUGUCGUUUCUAGAUUCCAAGUCACUGGAAUGACUUGUGCAGCUUGUCUGACAUCGAUAACAAACGCACUUUUGCAAAUGGAUGGUGUGAGUCUGGCAGCUGUUAGUGAGAUCACCGAGGAAGCGCUUGUCAAGCACGCCUCUCAUGUGCUGCCGGAGGCAAUCAUAGAUGUUAUCGAAGGUUGUGGCUUUGACGCAGUGUUAUCUCAAUCACAAACGGAUGACCCACAAUCGUCAGGGGAUUAUACAGACGACGAUGUGUUGUUCCAGAUAUAUGGUCUUACCGACGAGGCUGAUGCUAGUCGAAUCAAAAACUUAGUCGAGACCUAUCUUUCCCUGACCGAUGGUGUGCUCAACUAUCUGUUUAGCUUUUCAGGCCAAAAUUCCUUGCUCUCCAACCAAGAUGAAGAAGUUGGAAGCUCUGGAGAUGUUCUUGACGAGUUAUCCAUUCAUUUCAAUCCUCAGAAGGUUGGCGUGCGCCACUUGAUUGACAAUCUCGAUACUCUUGAUGACCAAGGAGCGGUCAAGUUUGUGAUCAUCAACCUGAUAGACCGUCUGCUGGAGUCCCAAUUGAAGAUUUUGUCUCGAGUUAAAGAGAUCCAAUAUUGGAAGCGUAACCUCGUGUGGUCUGUUGCAUUAGGUGUUCCGGUUAUAAUUCUCAAUUGGACCCACAUGUUGCCCCCCUGGAAUCACUUGAUGUUGAUUAGAGGCCUCUAUUGGACUCUGGUUCUUCAAUGCAUACCUACGCUGUAUAUUCAAUUUGUUUUGGGUAAGGUGUUUCUCACGAAGUUUCGGAAGUUUGUUGCUAAUGGCGGCAAGGGCGCUCUGAUGGACGUUCUUGUUUGUAUCUCUACCAUGGUGGCAUACACUUUUUCUAUCAUUGCUAUGAUUAUCCUGGUGUGGCAUGGACAAACUCUGAAACCUCCCAAAACUCUCUUCGAGACUACGUGCAUGUUGGUUAUGUUCAUCUCUUUUGGGAAGUGGCUCGAAAAUCGCGCCAAGGGUGCUACUCUGACUGCACUCUCAAAGUUAUUGCAAUUGACGCCCUCAAAUUGUACUAUCGUGCUGGACAUGGAAAAAUAUGAUGCUUUCAUGAACGAGAGUGAGAAACAAGUUGAUUCAACCGAUGGUUUUCCAACUCGUAUAGUUGGAAUCGAUUUGAUUCAAGCGGGAGAUGUUGCGAUUGUUCUUCCUGGUUCCAAAAUCUCCGCCGACGGCGUCAUUAUCUAUGGUGAAACCGAGGUUGAUGAGUCUUUGAUCACUGGUGAAUCUUUACCUAUUCACAAACGUAUUGGAGAUUCGGUAAUCGGGGGUUCAGUCAAUGGGCCGGGGGCUAUUCACGUCAGAGUUACUCACUCUUCGAAAAGAUCGCAAUUACAACAAAUCAUUAAUCUUGUCAAGGAGUCUCAAGUCAACAGAGCCCCCGUCCAAAGAUUUGCUGAUUUUGUGGCUGCAAGAUUUGUGCCACUGGUGAUUACUCUUGCUAUCUUGACAUUCGUCAUUUGGACUGUGAUUUGUCUGGCUAUUCACAAAGAUCGGUUACCCAUGGCAUUCAACAUGGAGGAGAAUGGCCGAUACUUUGUUUGUCUCAAACUUGCCAUUUCAGUUGUAGUAGUCGCUUGUCCCUGUGCUCUUGGAUUAGCCGCGCCUACUGCAAUCAUGGUUGGAACGGGCGUCGGGGCGAAGAAUGGUGUUUUAAUCAAGGGCGGUGAUGUCUUUGAAAGAGUCACCAAGCUUAACGUUUUGCUUUUUGACAAAACUGGGACUUUGACCACGGGUGUCAUGCGACUUGUCAAUUUCAAGCAAAUUCUGACGUCCGCUCAACUUGAUCUUAACAAAUGGUGGGGUGUCGUUGGUGCAUUGGAGCUGAACUCAGAACACCCUGUUGGCAAGCUGAUUUCACAAGGUGCUAAAAUGCACAUGGGGCUCUCCUUUGAAGAAGACUCGUUCCCUUGGAAAGUUUCCAAUUUUCAAAUGUACCCUGGUCUUGGUGUGUAUGGCAAGUGCUCGAUGGGUGCGGAACUGCAUGAGGUUUACAUUGGUAAUCUCAAUCUCAUUAAAGCCAAAUUUCCAGGGUCUGAGUUUAAGGUUUUCGAUGAAGAAGCGACAACGCUGAAGACUAUGGUGAACACCACUGCACACGUGUUGAUAGAUGGUGAAUACGCUGGGUUUGUGGAGUUAACAGAUCAGCUAAAGCCUGGUGCUAAAAAAACCAUUCGUUACUUGCAACAAGUCGAAGGAUAUCAGGUUGGUAUCGUCACAGGCGACCUGCGUGGCGCAGCUUUAAAAAUCGCUAAGGAGUUGGGAAUUCCUGUGUCUAAUGUAUUCUCUGAAGUGACGCCCAUUAAUAAGGACAAGGUCAUUACCGAUCUCAAAUCACGUCUAGAGGACGUGAGUAUAGGGUUUAUUGGCGAUGGUAUCAAUGAUGCCCCUGCCUUGGCCCAGGCUGAUGUUGGGAUGGCCAUAAGUACCGGCACUGAUAUUGCUAUGGAGUCAGCUGAUAUUGUUUUGUUGAGUCUGCGCAACAGCAACAAUGAACUUGUCGGAAUUGUAAAUGGACUUUCAAUCUCCAAUGCCACAUUCAACAGGGUUAAGUGGAACUUUUUGUGGGCUGCACUUUAUAAUCUCAUUAUGUUGCCUUUUGCAAUGGGAUGCUUUUUGCCAUUCAAUUUGAUGUUGCCUCCUAUAGCCGCAGCAGCGGCUAUGGCGGUUUCGUCAAUCUCUGUGGUGGUAAAUUCUUUGUUAUUGAAAAACUGGAAACAGCCUUCUCUAGACUAUGAUGAACUUGAUGAAGAAACCCAAAUGGGAGAGGUCUUCGAUCUCAAGGACGGGACUAAUGCUGAAUUCCAAAUAGUUAAGCGUGAUCGCAAACUUACUCAGCGCCUUAGAAACGCUAUGCUCAGAGGCAUGCGUGACAGAAAUGGCGGCUAUCGCAUGAUUAAUAGUUAA